GCAGUUUUAACCAAAUAUAAGAAUUGUCCAAAAGUAAUGUUAGAAGUAAUUGUAAUAGCAGGAAAACCUCUACUCAUAUUUGAUGCAACUGGUACAUCAUUUGUUAGUUCGCCACCAGCUAUAAAUCAAUCUUUCUUUCAAGUAUCUAUUGGAAUAACAUCAGCAUUGAUUAUAACCUCUGCAUCAAUUCUAUCAAUUUCUGUAGCAGUAUUAUUAGAAAAUUCUCCUACUUUCCUACCCUUAACACAAGUUUCAUAUCAAGUCAAUACAGGUCCAGCAAAAUAUAAUAUUGUUAACCCUAAUGCCUCUGCUCUUCCAGCAACUCCUCCAACACCAGAAGAAGUCCAUUAA